AUGGCCACGGCAGCAAUGCAUCACAUCAUGCCCAAGCUGCACAUCGGCAGCAGCAGAGACAAGGAUGGCCGCAAAGUGAGCCGAUCCGAGGCCUCGGCCAACAACCGCGCCCGUGAAGAGGAAAAGGGCAGACUUCUUGCCUGGGAAGCACAGAAACAACCCCUGGAGUACGACCAAAUAUUGGUCGAGCCCAACUCGAAGCCUGUUGGUCACAGCUCAAAGGUUUUACGGCGCGAGGAUUUCGAUCUUGUCAAGACACUCGGCACUGUCUGGCUCGCGAACUUGGUCACAUCCAACAAGGAUGACGCAGACAAAGUCUUUGCCCUGAAGAUAUUGCGCAAGACUGAUGUCAUCCGCUUGAAGCAAGUCGAACAUGUUCGCAACGAGCGCAACGUCCUGGCCGCCGUAGCAGGACACCCAUUUAUCACAACAAUGGUCGCCAGCUUCCAGGACCAAGACACUCUAUACAUGCUGGUAAGCUGCCUACCACGUCCACCCAGCCACAUCCAAACUGACCUUUCGUGUCUCUGCUGCAGUNUGGAUUACUGCCCUGGUGGUGAGGUUUUUAGCUAUUUGCGCCGCGCUCGCCGUUUCAACGAAUCCACGUCACAGUUCUACGCCGCCGAAAUCGUCCUUAUCCUCGAAUUCCUGCACGACCACCAAGGUGUCGCAUACCGUGAUCUCAAACCCGAAAACAUUUUGAUCGACGCAGAAGGACACCUCAAGCUUGUGGAUUUCGGAUUUGCAAAGAAGGUCGAAAACNAGUGCGUAAUCCCCUUUUCCAGCCUCCAGGGUUGUGUGGUGAAACCGCCAAACGGCUUUUGCUCUCGGUUCCUUCUGCCACGUUGUGCUGGACGAACGGGUUGGCUGACGUUGGAUACCAAAACAGGAGAGACAUACACAUUGUGCGGAACGCCAGAAUAUCUCGCGCCAGAAGUCAUCCGAAAUACCGAANUCGUCGAAGGCAAACUCCGUUUCCCUUCUGCCAUGUCACCGGAUGCUCGCGACCUCAUCUCACAACUGUGCACCGUGGACGUGUCAAAACGUCUGGGCAACAUCAAAGGCGGUGCUUCGGCCAUCAAGGCACACCCCUGGUUCAAAGAGAUCGACUGGGACGCCAUGUACCACCGCAAGGUCCAAGGCCCCAUUGUACCGCAUCUACGAGGUCCCGCCGACACACGAAACUUCGACGAGUACGAUCCAGAACCUCUGCACAAGGACCAAUACACGAAAGAGAUGAAGGAGAAGUACGAAAGUGCGUUCAAGGACUUUUAA